AUGCUCAAGCCAAAACUUAUCUCACAAGUUCUGCAACAAGCAACCACAGGCGGCGUCAAGGCCACAAUAUUACUGAACCCAGAAGGAUCGUUGUUGGCAUUUGCAGCACAGUCGGAUCGGGACGCACGCAUCUAUGGAGCCAUCGCCUCGAACAUCUGGACUAUUUACUCAAAGCAUUGCAAGCCAGAAGUCGGACCAUUAUCUUUCCUUAUGCUCGAAUGUGAGGAAGGAAAGGUGGCGAUCACGAUUGUUAGCACAAUGAUCCUUUGCCUGGUCGCCCGGGACGACGUCGAAUUGGGGAUCCUCAAGGCCAAAUCUGAAGCCUUGACGAGGCAUCUGGAAGAGCCCCUCAGUCGAGUCGCUGGAUACUAG